CGGAGCGCCGGGAGGGCCGGGUCCGCGGCCGGUCGGUGCGCGGCGGGCGGGCGGCGGUCGCCGGUCUAUAUGGCGGCGGCUCUGUCGGGCCUGGCUGUCCGGCUGUCGCGCUCGGCCGCCGCCCGCUCCUAUGGGGUCUUCUGCAAAGGGCUGACCCGCACGCUGCUCAUCUUUUUCGACCUGGCCUGGAGGUUGCGCAUCAACUUCCCCUACCUCUACAUCGUGGCUUCCAUGAUGCUCAACGUGCGCCUGCAGGUUCAUAUUGAGAUCCAUUGAAGGCCUUCCGUGGACUGCCAGGCGUGUCCUGGGGCUCAGGGUGUCAGAGAACACACAGCAUGAGGGACGGAAAGGGGACUCGCAGCACCUGCCUCGCAGGAGAGAAGGGAGCAGGCGGUGACUCCGACAGACUGCUGUACAGAGAACUGUUGUAUGAGAGAACGCGGGAGGAGAGCGCUUGCCCACCACAUGUA